AUGCCCAACCCACACUCACGCUACAAACUUCGAGGAAGGAAUCCCGUCGAAAAAGAUGUCUUUGGAGGCCUGGAUAAGUUCUUGAAAGAACAACGCAAGACUUCACGGGUGAAAAAACCAGGAAUAGGCGGAGAAGCAGGGAAGCCGCGGAAAGGUAAACGAAAAGGUAAACAAGAAGCCUCGCCAGGGCCAUCAACGACAAAUUGGUUUAAAACCAAGAUCCGCCUCAAAUUCAUCAAAGACGCCCAAGAAGAAUCAGCUCAACAGCCCGGGGAAGCCUCAGCAGAAGGUGCCGCCAACAAUCCUGAUAAUCAUCGUUCCACUGAGAGCGAGAAGGACCUCAAACCUGGGGAGUCUCUCUCUGACACACAUUUCUAUUACCAGCGGACCGGAUCUCGCAGGCCCGAUCGCCUGUUUGUUGCCACUGUCGAGUUAGAUGAAGAUGUGCCGGUGGAUAAAUUAUUUGAUUCCAGAUAUUUGCCAUCAGAUGAUGAUAUUGAAUAUCAGAGGCUUGUGGAUCUAUGGCAAGACCCUGCAGUCGAAGAUGCGCACGAGAUAUCGGACUGGUCUGAGUUAGAAAAACUAGUAGAUCCGAAGAAAGCCAGGUUCGCUCCCUUUUUCAGGGACGUUCAUGACGACAGCUAUCGUGAGAAAACAGCAAAUAUCUUAUUUGACUAUAUGGCCUCGCUUUUUGAGCACGUACCAAGCCAAGGAGAAAUUAAUUUUCGCCGGCAUUGCUAUUUUCCGUUGGCGCGCGAAGACUUGGGAACGCACCAGGGACUUUAUUUCCGACACUACAUUGGAAAAGGAAAUCUCAAUGUCUCUGAUGGUCAAGCAAUUGGCAUCCCUCUCGCUAUUUGCACGUGCAAAGUAGAGCUUGGACGAGCUGGCAUCUCCCAGUCUGAGAUCCCGGGACUUCUAUUCCAAGCCAACAUGGCCUUCGAGUUCGAAAGUAAUCACGAGCAAUAUCCUGCAUAUGUCAUCAGCGUGCGAGGUUGGAGAUUUCGGUUCGUGAAAGGUAUCAUGACCCGGCAGGAAGUUGCCCGGUUCCAAGACAAGAAAAAGCGAUCAGGGAGGAUCAAGGUGCAGCGGACCAGGGAGUACGAUAUCUAUGACCGCGAGGAGCGCAAGGAGUUUAUCCGAGUUAUGCUAGGCUUGUUGCGAUCAUUCGAAGAUCGACGCGAAGCGGACUUUUCUACUGAACUGCCCUGA